UCUCACCAACUUAAAGAUUACUUAGGUCACCUUCCUCCUCAUCUUCCCUUAAACUUUCGAACACCCUAUAAAUACAGCAAACUUCGCUUCUUCUAUUUUCACAUUACCUUAACCAAACAAAGAAACGCAAACAUUUCUGAAAAUGGGGUUUUCUUCUUCUUCCUCAGGGUUUCCAAGUUUCUAUCUGGUGCUCCUAUUUCUUGUGGGUACUUCAAUUGUCUCCGCCGAUUUCUACAAUGAGUUUGAUAUCACUUGGGGUAACGGCCGUGGUAAAAUACUCAAUGGUGACCUCUUAACGCUCUCCCUUGAUAAUUCAUCUGGCUCCGGCUUUGAAUCAAGAAAUGAAUAUAUGUUUGGAAAAAUCGAUAUGCAGCUUAAGCUUGUAGCUGGAAACUCUGCUGGCACUGUCACUGCCUACUAUUUGUCUUCGAAGGGGUCAAACUGGGAUGAGAUCGAUUUCGAGUUCUUGGGUAAUUUGAGUGGUGAUCCUUACAUUCUACAUACAAAUGUCUUUAGCCAAGGAAAAGGGAAUAGAGAGCAGCAAUUUUACCUUUGGUUCGACCCCACUGCUGACUUCCACACCUAUUCUAUCCUCUGGAACCCUAAAAGCAUCGUAUUUUCUGUUGAUGGAACACCCAUUAGGGAGUUCAAGAACGCUGAAUCGAAUGGGGUACCAUUUCCAAAAGAUCAACCUAUGAGAAUACACUCUAGUUUAUGGAAUGCUGAUGAUUGGGCGACCAGGGGUGGACUUGUGAAGACUGAUUGGAGUAAAGCUCCCUUCACUGCUUCAUACAGAAACUUUAAGGCCGAUGCUUGUGUUGUGUCAUCUGGGAAAUCGUCUUGCGGUGGCUCUGACAACCCGGCAUGGCUAUCAGAGGAGUUGGAUAAUACGAAGCAGGAGAGACUAAGAUGGGCACAAAAGAAUUACAUGAUCUAUAACUACUGCUCGGAUUCCAAGAGAUUUCCUCAAGGAUUUCCCCCCGAAUGCAAAUCGGCAUAAGGAGAGUUGAAUUUACACAUAAUAAUUUUUGUGUUGUAUUUAAUAUUUAUAUUCGGAAAUUGAAUUCAUAAUCUUUUUGCAUGUCAACAAUGAAUAAACAAAACAAUAUUGGAAUUUGCACCAUGG